AUGGCCGACAAGUUUCCCUCGGUUGAGGACCUUGACUCUGGUCUGAUCGGAGACUCCACCGCCGACAACAACAUGGACACUACCCAAAUGGCCGACGACCCCUCAGACUUCUUGGCCCGUGAACGCGCUCUCCUGGGCGACGACGCAGACCAAUUCGCAACUCCCGCCGACAACGCCGCUACUGUCGACGACGACGAUAACCUUCUUGGAGGAGGUGGAUCUUACCAGGCUUCUGCCGACCACGAGAUGGGUGGCUUCGAGUCCAGCUUCCCUGCCAUUGACACAUCAAACGAGGGAGUAGCGCCUGGCGGCACAAUUACCGGCUCUGCACUACCAUACCAGCCCAAAUCAAACCAAGCCUCAUUCCAAGACGAAUCCGAACCUGGUGUCAUUCGCGAAUGGCGCGAGCGCAGAGACAUGGCCCUCCAACACAGAGACGAAGUCUCCCAGAACAAGAAGGAAGAAACCGUCAAGGCCGCCCACCAAGCAAUCGACGACUUUUACGAAAACUACAACAACAAGAAGGACAAGACCGUCUCCCAGACCCGCAAGGAGGCAGAAGAGUUCCUCAAGUCCCGAGAGGACACUACCGCCGGCGGAACCAGCUGGGACAGAGUCUCCAAGCUUGUUGAUCUCAGUGGCAAGGGCAACUCUGGCGGUGCUCAGGGUUCGGCAAAGUCAAAGUUCAGGGAACUGUUGCUCAACCUUCGCAAGGAUGAGAAGGCUCCUGGCGCCAGCGGUUACUAA